AUGAAGUUUCUAACCACGGCGAUAGCACUCUUGGCGUCUGCAGCUACAGUGUUUUCUCACGGCGACCAUUCCCAAAAUGUUCUCAAACAGAAACCGGCACAUUUGAGGUGGCAAGACUGGCACAUGUUGGAAGAGCACAACAUUGCUGACUACGAUGCCCAAACAUUCUUUACCAUGCACGAUUUGAAAGGGGCCGGGCAGUGGGACAGAAGCGAUAUACUCAAUCUCUACGGGAUCAAACAUGAGGUGAUCAUCGGUGAUGGGUCCGGUAUGGGUGAAGACUCUCGAAAAGUGACACCUGAAGUUCAAAACAUGGUUGUUGAAAAGAUUUUCAAGUUGUUUGAUACUGAUAAAAACGGAGUUAUAAGUAAAGAUGAAUGGGUCAAAUUCCACACCAGUGGAGGCGAACUACCUGAUUUCGGCUACGGUCAAGGCCACCACUUGGAUUUCGAAAGUGAAUACGAAGAACACCAUUGGAAACAAUACCAUGCCAAGGAUGACCCAGACACAAAGAUAAAACACAAGGAAGAUAUUGAACAUGAGUUGUUGCACCACAAGCACGAGAUUGAAGAGACCCAUGACCGGUCUUCGGAGUUGAGAGAGGUGACCAAAAACUUUUUGUCGAAAAUAAGAAUCGAAAACUUGAAACCAAAGUACCGUGUUUGA